GAAAUCUCAAGAAACGUAUUGCAAAUGAUGAAAAAAAUAACACUAUUAUUUUAGGAGAUGCAUGUUAUGCAUAUGCACAAAUAUACGGACGGGAUGUCAAAUAACGUGAUUAUCGUGUUAAAAAAAUACCUCAGGAUCUGCGCUUUACUGUAAUGGCUGACUACUUGCAUAGGAAACAAGGCUUAGCCCGUUACAAAGACUGGCUGACAAGCGCAGUUCGGUUCAACUUUUUCAAGCCGUGUUUUCUACCAUAACCGGCAAGAAAUUUAGCAAACUAACGCUGGAAAAUGCAUGUUCCAUCUUUCGUUGUUGCAAUCCAUGUGUCUAGAUAUUUUUUUGCGUUCGAUGAAGGCCCGAAAAACCCUGCUGAAAAGAUGUGGGUACCGCGGUCGCUCUGCCCUCUAUUGCGUGCAGUGUAAUGGCUGUGCAUUGACACAAAGAGAAGGAGCCAUAUUCCCUGUGUUGGUAGACGAAGACAAGCGGCCAUUCCAAGCUCAUAGCAAACUAACUCAAUACAGCCCCGUACAUAGACACAGUACAGGCUCAGUGUAUUACUAUACACCGGGGCGAGUGCAUAGGGAUUUCCGAAGACGAAAAUGGUCAAGUAGACGGAGUUUCUGCACGUAUUUGUCGAUAUAAAAAGCGAACAGGAAGACGGGUGGAGACAUUUGAGGGGGACUUUCUUUCAUGAAGAAGGCUUUCUCACAAAAUGGAAGAAGAAAUAUUGCUGUCGUUGUUGACCUCCUUUUCCUUAGAAAGCCCAUGUUAACGACUGAAGAAGAAAAAUGGGUAAAGAUCCUACAAAGCCGAGAGGCAAGAUGUCCUCUUAUGCCUACUUUGUCCAAACGUGCCGAGAGGAACACAAGAAGAAGCAUCCUGAGGCAUCUGUCAAUUUUGCAGAAUUCUCCAAGAAGUGCUCUGAGCGAUGGAAGACUAUGUCAGCCAAAGAGAAGGGUAAGUUUGAGGACAUGGCCAAACAAGACAAGGUGCGCUAUGAGAGGGAGAUGAAGAACUACAUCCCACCCAGAGGAGAGAAGAAGAGGAGGUUCAAAGACCCCAAUGCCCCCAAAAGGCCCCCGUCGGCGUUCUUUAUUUUCUGCUCCGAUUAUCGGCCCAAAGUCAAAGCCGAAACCCCUGGUCUGUCCAUUGGAGACGUGGCCAAGAGGUUGGGUGAAAUGUGGAACAAGCAGUCGUCUGAGGACAAGCAACCAUAUGAGAAGAAGGCAGCCAAGCUGAAGGAGAAGUAUGAGAAGGAUAUUGCUGCGUAUCGGCAAGGUAAGUGCAAGAUCGGCAUGGGGGUGCCCAAGGCUCCGGUGAAUGUGGAGAAGAAGGAAGACGAAGAGGAGGACGAAGAAGAGGAGGACGAGGAGGAAGAUGACGAUGAUGACGAGGAGGAGGACGAGUAAAGCGGUUACAUAUAGAGUUCAUAUAGAGUUCAGUCUUUGUUUAUACAGCAGUUAACCCCCCUGUACACAUUUCACUUAUGACAAGAAGGUAAACAAACACACACAAAAAAUCGACAAAAAAAAAUAAGGCUGUGUAUAUGGUAUGUUUUUAAGCUGUACAGUUUCUUUUUUUUCCUUUUUUGUAUAGUUAACACUACGGAAAGUGUCAUCUGUGUUUGUAUUUUUCCUCCUGUCUUUUCUUUCUUUCUUUCUUUCUUUCUUUUCUUUUUUAGUGGUACUUCGCAGGCCACUAUUCGUACGUGGUACAGUUCAUGGGGAUUGUAAAAUUGGCUUACUGGAGGAUCCCAGUGGUGCACAGCACACAACCUAGUUUCGUGUGGAGUAGCCGAUUAAUUUACCCAAAUGUUUUUAUGUUUUAUUUUUUAUAUAUAUAUAUUAUUACAAAUUAUCUAUUAUCAUUUAAAAUGCUGUAUCAUAAAAAGUUCUUUUACUGUACUUUGAAUACCACUGUAAUUGCAACAGUAAAAAAAAAUGCAACUGUGGUUGACAUUGACAUGCUUUGACGUCAAUAAACUUUUUUUGUUUUGUUUUUUUCAAUAAGGAAAUAAUGUCAGUAUUGACAGAUUAUUCCAUUGACACAGAUGUAUCCUUCACCUGUGAGUAGUGGUUAGUGGUUAAACUCUGUCACUGUCCAGCAGCCUUCGCAGUUUGAGUCGUACGAGCUAAAGUAAUACUAACAUAGAAAGUACAGGUAUAAUAGCAGUUGCAAAAUUUGUUUUGAAAGCCUAAAUGUACCUAACAUAUGUUAAGAGAAAAUCUCUGUUCGUUUUUUAAGUGGUGGCAUUGUUUUGCUUGCUAAAUAACUCAAGAAAACAAGUGUGCAGGUCUGACCCUGAUGUCAGGGAAAUGAGGAACGCAAAAUUGAGAGCAAUAUGAUUUGGGAAUUAAACUGACAGUAUGGUGUUAAUUUGAUACAAGUUAGGCGUAUAAUGCCUGAUUUUUAUCAGAUGUCGAUCAGAUGUCUUUUUUAGACUAAUGUAUGAUGAUGAUAUGAUGGUAACAAACACUAGUGGUGGAUAUUCCAUCACUGGAAUACCUUGAAGCCCUAUGUAGAGGACCUUAACAUUGGGCCUUCAAGCUCAGUAUUAUGAACUGCAUGUUACACGAGCCACCUGCUGGUCACUCGGCCACACUACAGUUUUCGUUUGAAAAAAAAAAAGAUAAAAAAAAAGCUUAGCGUGCCACCUACUGGUCAAGUGUAAUAUGGUACCACUACCUUGUAGCAAUGUAUGUCCUCCACAGAGCUGAAAAGAAAUAAAUCUGUAAAUUCACCCAGA